CUCCUGCGCACUGGGGCCCUAUAGAGGCCGCGCCGUGUGCAGGACAUGGCGACUUCCCGCUUACCCCCAGCGACGCUGACGCUAAAGCAGUUCAUGAGAAGGCAGCAAGUUCUCCUGCUCUACAGAAGGAUUCUGCAAGCAAUUCGGCAGGUGCCGAAUGAUUCUGAUCGCCAGUACUUGAAGGACUGGGCAAGGGAAGAAUUCAAAAGAAACAAAAGUGCCACCGAAGAGGACGCAAUCCGGAUGAUGAUUACUCAAGGCAAUAUGCAGCUCAAGGAGUUAGAAAAAACACUUGCCUUAGCCAAAUCUUAACUAUAGCAUUAUUUGACAGAUUUUCAAAGCCUCCAUGUGUUUUGUUGAACUAGAGCUCAACCAAGGGCAGCCCAAAGCCAAGUCAGACUGUUUGUAUGUACAGUACUUGGCACAGUAUCAGGACGUGGAGCAUGGCGUGUCAGAGAGAGCGAAGAAAUGAGCACCAGAACAACUGCUUAGCACUGAAAACCACACCCCGUAUUUUUGAAGACGUUUCUGGAUGUUUCAGCAGUUCUUUUAAGAAGCGAAAACCAGUACAACAAAUGGUCAAUUAACACGUAAACAGAUGCUCAACACCAUUACCAUCAGGGACAUGGAAAUGAAAACCACCAUGAGAUACUGCUUCUCGUCACGAGAAUGGCUGCCUUUAAAAAGAGAGAUAAUAACAAAUGUUGGGGAAGAGACAGAGAAACUGGAACCCUCAUACACUGCCGGUGGGAAUAUAAAAUGGUGCAGCCAUCUUAGAAAACAGACUGUCAGUUGUUCAAAAGGUUAAACAUAGUUACCAUAUGAUUCAGCAAUUCUGGCCCUAGGUUUAUAACCACGAGAGCUGCAAGCAUGUCUGUAAAAAACUUGUACACGAAUGUUCACAGCAGCAUUAUGCAUAAUAGCCAAAAAGUAGAAACAAUCCAGCUGCCCAUUGUCUGAUAAUGGUUAAAUUAAAUGUGGUAUAUCCAUACAAUAAAGUAUUAAUGAAAAGUAACGAAAUACUAAUACAUGCUACACAUGGGUGAACCUUGAAACCAGUCACAAAAGAUCAUAUAUUGUAUGAUUCCGUUUACAUGAAAUGUCUAAAAUAGGCAGAAAGAUCAGUGGUUGUGUAGGAUUGUGGAUGGCAUGGAGACUAAUUGCUAAUGGAUAUGGGGUUUCUUUUCUGAGUGAUGAAAAUAUUCUAAAGUUAGAUUGUGGUGUUGGUUGCACAACUCUGUGACUAUACUAACAUCCACGGAAUCGUACAUUUUACAUGUACAGCAUGUGAAUUAUAUCUCAAUAAAGCUGGGUUUCUUCUUA